AUGUCGGCACAACAAAGAAAUAAGAAUUCCGGCAGAAAGUCCGAUAAAAACGCCCCAUCGGUCCCACAAGUGGAUGUGUCACUACAUAAACCACUAGAUAUCGAUGCUCCCCCCACUAUCUACAGCGUCAAUCUGAAGCCAGCGUACGGCACUGCUGCAUUGAAUUUGUCUGCCGAUUUCAUCAAGCAAGAACAAGCAUUGGCCAAUAAGUACUUGUUUUUUCACCCUCUCGUUAUCUUCAUUCUAACCGUUGGCCUUGCAGUUUAUCUGGCUCCAAAAAUCGUCUUCCCUAUCAGAAACACAGAAUCCAUUUCCGGAUGGUUCUACCAACUGGCCCGCAUCAAUGGGAAAGAUGUCCUUACUGGUAUAGUGUUCACCGCAAUCGGUGCAUCUUUCUUGUUCACUCUUCUCUCCCGUGUGUCUGAUGCGUAUUUCAAAUCCAAGAUCAGCCAACUGGUCGCUUCCAAAGGUGAGAAAGUCUUCGGUAUCAACCUGAACGAUUUGGUGUCAAAGAACGAAACCGAAGACCCAGUGGUAAACAACACACACAUUAUCGUUUACAGAGAAACGCCCAUUGCAUUGAUCUCGUUGGCCCCUAACGUGGCUUUGACUACCAAGGAAAAUUUAGUCAUGAGCGUCACCACUGUAGGUUGUCGUCGUGUGUACGUCAAGAGUGGUAUUAUUGAAGACUUGAUUGACUGGGCUUUGUUGCAUUCUAAAAUCGUUAGAAAGAACGGUGAAUACGGAGAGACCAUGAAACUACUAAUCGACGUCUACUCAUUCGAUAACACACUAAGGGAAAUUUUGAAGAAAAAAGGGUUCACUUAUAUUCAAAGCAUCAGAGUUUCUGAAAAUAGACUACUAGGCGGAUUGUUUGGUGUCAAGAAGGAGUUAUGGGGUUUGCAAUUCCAUUUUGAAAGUGAAGACAAGGACUAA